UGGUGAACAGCGUGCAGCCGUGAUGUCAACAACAUCGGUCAGUGGGUCAGCCUGUAAAUGAACAUAAUGCUUGUAUCCGAGCCUCAUGCUAACAGACAGGCGUCGGCUGCUGUUCGUUGCUGCAGAGAACAUCAUAAACCAUGAUCACCACUGAGGCUGCGAGAGAGUUCCAGGCCAAAGAGCGCAAAUACAAAGAGCAGCUGAAGAGAUGUUUAUCAUCUGCUUUGUCUGCAGAUGUUUACAGGCUGCUGCAGGAGGAGCUGGAAGCUGAUGUUACCCUGUGUGCCGCCUCAGGCUCUCUCCGAGCACACAGAGCCGUCCUGUUGGCCAGAGCUCCUCAUGUCCUUCAGGGACAGACGCACAAAGAUUCCACCGUCGUUCACCUGCCUGGCUAUGAGCUGUCCGGGCUGAAAGAUUUCCUCAGGCGAGUGUACACAGCAGACCAGAGCAUGCGCUCGGCCGAAGGAAUCCCAGACAUGGAGGGGUGUGUGCCAGAAAGACCUCUGUCUGUUUGCAGCCCGGCAGACCUUCAUGCUUCCACUGAUUCAGAUGCUGUCGUUCUGGAGCCAGCCUCGGGCCUUGGAGCUGACUUGCUGGAUCUGUACCAGAGAGGAGAGCAGUGUGACAUCACCAUCCAAGUAGCAGAGCAGGUCUUCUCCUGCCACAGGGCAAUCCUGUGUGCACGUUCUCAGUACUUCCGAGCCAUGCUGAGUGGGAGUUGGAUGGAGAGCUCCAGACAGUGCAUCACUCUGCAAGGCUUGGGGCCAGAUGAGAUGGAGAUCUUGCUCCAGUACAUGUAUGGUGCCAUUGUGGAUCUGCCCUCUGGAGCCAGUGCCAGUCAGGUGGUGCUGGCAGCAGACAUGUUGGGUUUGGAGGGACUGAAAGAUGUCGUGGAGAUGGUUCUGACCCGGGACUACUGCCGCUUCUUCCCCAAGCCGAUUGAUGGAGUUCAGAGAACGGUUCUCGAGUGCCUGUCCCUCACACACGCCUUAGGCCUUCAAAACCUCCACCUGCUGUGUAAGAGGUGGGUUGCUGAGCAUUUUGUGAAGACCUGGUGUGAGAGAAACUUUUCCCUCUUGUCCCCUGAGCUCCACAGAGUCUGUCUAACUGCUGUAACUGAAGCCAUGACUGUGCAGAAUGCAGUAACCAUGCUCUGUGGCACUGAGCAGUUGAUUGGCAGUCUCCCAGAAGUCAAGUGGGCUCAACAGGUGAGGGGUCUGGCAACAGAGUUACAGGAGGAGAGCCUGCGCGUCAUUGUCGAGCACCUUCCUAGAGUUAUUCGAACUCAGGCCUUCCGGGACCUUUGCAGGAGGGAAGAGUUUACACGAGAACCCACGUUGUUGAAGAAGCUGUGCUCAGCCAUCAGAGAGGGUGUAACUGUGGACAACUGCUGCGAUCUCUUUGCUGCUGUGAACUGUCUGUGUGGAGAUGACAUGGAGGACGACUCUCUCCUGGAGCACAGAGGCCAAGAACAAGAGGAGCAGCCAUUCAGGCGAGAGAUUUGCACGCUGCGUGGUCGGCUGUGGACGUUCCUGCUUCAGACCUUUUACGCGGUCCGCCACACACAGGGAUGGGAGACCCUGUCGUCCAAACACAGAGAGAGGAUACUGGCAGAUGCUAUUGAUAAAGGGGACAAUAGAAGACUUGGUAAAAAGCCAAUAUUCACUAGCUCUCAGCAAAGGGCUGUAAAAUGCCCCUCACCUGCACCUGAGAGUCCUCCUGUGCAAAGGACCCAGAGGGUGUCCGAAUACACGACUUCUUCCUCCCGUAUUGCUGCGUCAGCCAUGAAAUCUGAUGGACUGGGGACAGCUAACAAACCAGGAGAUGGUCACACAUCCAAGGCAAAGACUGUGAAGAAGCCAGGAGAUCGGAGUGUAGCAGCAAAGGGAAAGGCAGCAUCAGCUGGUACACCAGUGGUCAAUGGCACCGGAGCCUCAGGGGCCAGACGCGAUGCAGCCAGUGCCAAUGGCCCCAGAAGCUCUCAUGGGGCUAAAGAGCAAGAAAAGAAGCCAAACCCAGGUGCAAGGCCUAAAACCUCUCCCCCGAGCUGCACGUCUACAAGCCAGACAGCUGUAACGAAGGCUCAGAAGAGCUCAGCAGGAAAGGCUGACGGCGCUGCUGGCACCACCCAAGCUUCAUUCACAUCAGGCAGCAGCUCGCCAGAGAACGGUGCCAGUAGCCCUCGUAACGACACCCACUCCAUUCCAGGUGCAAAGCCCAAACACCAGGCUAAGGCAGCGAACAAAUCCCCACUGACUAAACCUCCUCAGAAAUCAGAUACAGCAAAGACUAACAGUCCUACCAAUAAGUCAGUAAGAGAAAGUGGCAAAGUCAAGACUGGUGCAGUUGAGAAAGCAAGAACAGACUCCAAAGGAAGAGGCACACCAGACCAUCAUGUCCCCAAGCUUGGAUCCUCCAUGAAAAAGCCGGCUUCACCCAGGAAAGAAGACAGCAAGGAUGGGUUGAAAUCCUCAGUGGCUCACAAAGCAGGCAGUGAAACUCCUAAAAAGAAGAUCACCAAACCCGUUUCAGCUACCGGAGCUUCAACUAAAUCCAGUGCUAAACCGGCAAAAGCUUCUUCGGCCCACUCCAAACAAUCCCCAGUUGUAGCUGCCAAGUCUGGACCAAAGCCAAAAAGUACAACUGAAUUAUCUACGGAGAAAGCUUCACCAAAAUCUGGAGGCGCUUCCAAAACUUCAGCUGCUGCUGCCUCCAAGAAAUCAGGCACUAAAGGAAAAGAGGCUGUGAAUGGUAAAAAUCCAGACUGUAAAACUGAGCUUGGUCCAACUGAAAACACUGAUGGUGCUGCAGUGCAUAAAGAUAGUACAGAGCUAGUGCCCUCUGACCAGCCUGCAGCACACAAUACACAGUCACCAAGCCAGGGUGGAGGGGAUUUACUCAGCCUUCAGCUGGACUCAGGCCCUCAGCAGAGUCUCCAGAAGACUGAAGUACAGUCAGGAAACACUAAUGGUGGAGGAGAUGAGACCAGUGCUGCACCGACAGCUAACAACAUCCAUCACAUUAAAUCUGCUAAUGCAAGCUCCUGCAAACAGACUGAGGGGAGUAAAGUGAAACAGUCUCCGAGCGGUGUCAUCCCUGUUCACAUCAGCGGAGGGCAGGUUCACGAGGUCAGCUCUCCAAAUUCCCAGAGAGACACCGAACCCCCCAUAGACACUCCCUGCAGCAUGGGGAGCACUCACACCCCCUUAGAGGACUCCUGGAGUGGCAUCCACCAUCAAGUCAGCCCUGAGUCUGAGACGGGCAGCACACACACCACUUCCUCUGACGACAUCAAGCCGCGCUCAGAGGACUACGACGCAGGAGGCUCACAAGAUGACGACUGCUCCAACGACCGCGGUGUUUCUAAGUGCGGCACCAUGCGCUGUCACGACUUCUUGGGUCGCAGCAGCAGUGACACAAGCACGCCAGAAGAGUUAAAGAUGUACGAAGGUGGGGCUGGGCUGAGAGUGGAGGUGCGGCUGCGUGGGAGAGAGGCAGAGACUACCAGUGAGGAGGAGGGAGUGAGACGACGUCCUCGUUCUUGGUUGCAAAGAGAUGAGGUUCACGUAGAGGAGGAGCACUCAGAGGUCGAGGCCACUGUGACUGUAAAAAGCGUCCCCGACCACCAGCUCUUCUCUUCUGAGGAAGAGGAAGAUGACAACGAAGAGGAGACGGAAGAUGAGAGAUCAGAAGUUGAGGUGAUUCCAGGACAGGCUCCACUGCCAUCAACUGAGCCCUCACCACACUUUCAGGGGAUUGUCAACCUGGCUUUCGAUGACGACGGUGUGGAGCAGGAGAAUGACCAGCCUGACUACCAGUCUACCUCUAACUUCCGUCGCUCAGUGUUACUCUCUGUUGACGAGUGCGAGGAGUUGGGCUCAGAAGAGGGCGGUGUCCAAACUCCACCUCAGCAGGGCGAUGAUGCUGUGACUCCCUGCGAUGUUUUUGAGUCUGACUCUACAGCUUUUGCCCCUUCCAGUGACCAGCAGAACCACCUGCCAUGCCAUCAUGAAAAUGCAAAUACGAAGCACAAAAAACACAACGAGGAUCGGGAAGAAAAAUCCUCCGUAUUCCUCACAGAGAUCCAGGAGCCUGUGCAGGAGGAGAGUUACCACAUCCAGGCGGACAGAAUGAAGUCCAGUGUCCCUGCUGUGGACACCGACAGCAGAGAGCUCCCUCCACAGGAGCGCCCGUGCCACCUGGAUCUGUGGCAUGCUGAACAGUACAAUGGAGGACUACGCAAAAAUCACACCAAUCCCUCAGAAAGCAGGAAAGCUGAGUUACAUCUAGACUUAAAUGAGCCUCAGCUGACAGGGGACUCUCCUGUACAUGCUGCACAAUCUCCAGCAGGUAAUGUAUGAUCUACGGAUCCUUCCUAGACCCCAAAUCCAAACCCAUCUUAUCUCCCCAAACUCCAUCAGUGAAGGUAUAGUUUACCCCUGCAAGAUUCAUUCUCCUCUGCUCUGAUUCCCAGACCUAUCCCUCCUUCAGAAAAAGGAUAUUAUUGAGCAAACUAGUUUAGUAACUAGUUAUAAAACAAGUUCAAAUUCAAAUGAAAUCAGCGGCCAUCAUAUUUUCAUAGCUAAAAGCUCGCUCUCAUCUCAGCCCAUGAGUUGUGUAGCUGUUGUAAAUUUGAAUUUGCAACGUCAAUAUCCUUUUAAAGAUGGAGACUGGCUUCAUCAUACAGUUUAAACAGCUGAACUACCUUCAGCCAGAGGCAUGUAGGCCUUGGUAACUCAGUUUAUACAAAAAAAAAGGGGGGGAAAGCAGUGUACAUUUCACUGAGACUGGUCGUAGAACUGUAUCUGUCCAAAAGAAUCUGCCUUGUGACAAGGCAUGUGACACAUAGUUACACCAAUGCACUUUUAUGUACAUAAAUAUAAGACUUCUGAUUAUUUUUGUCAUUUCUUUUAUGCAGUGGAACAGUCUGGCCAUUUUAAGCCAUAGAUGAUUUGAUAUAGUUGAAACUACUAUAUAUAACAUUUUAACAUCAGCAUAUCAUCGCCAAGUUCAAGGUGAUGUGUUGGUGUAAUCACUGUUACAGUUAGACCAUUGCUGAGAUCAUUUAAUGCCAUGUCACUGAUUCAGCAUACAUUUCCCAGAAAUCCCAGCGCUUCUCGUCUCAGAGGAUGCUGUUGGUGUUCCUUUUUUUCUUUUGGAUAAAUGCUUUUGGCUUUCCAUUCACUACACCAUCACCAUUUUAAGAAAUACACACGUUCGACUCUGUCAGCUUUUCAUUUGUGCCAUAAAGCACAAACAAAUCUUGACCCUGUGGUUCACAGUGUUAAACGCAGUGCAGCAUCACUGGCCGUUGCUUGGCUUCUCAGCGAUGGUCUUUUCGUUGGCAGUGAUUAUAUUAACAUCUCGAAAUUCAUCUUAAAAGAUGUGCUAAUGUUAAAAUGCUACAUGUAGCAUCUUUAAACAUUGUGUUAUGGUAAAUUACAGCCAAGUAAUGAUUUUUUCAAAUUUCUGGAAAGUGACUAUAAAGGUCAAAUAAAAAAUGUUUGUGUAAGACAGACUCCACUAAACUGCCACUGCUUCUCAGAAAAGUGUGUUAUACUUGGAAACUUUUCCCUGCAUCUCCUUGCUGUUUUCUUUCUCUAUUUGAGAAUGUACCUUUGUUUGUUUGUUUUUUUUUGUUUUUUUUACUUUUGCACUGCACACAUGCAUGCUAUUAAUUUUUAUUUUUCAUCCCCCUUUGCCAUCCAUUACUUUUGUGUUGUUUUUUUUCCCAUUACCUCCCAUCAUACCCAGUAGACUUGUAUCUAGAUACACGGAUGUCAACUUUUCAAAGAAGUUAUUUUUGUUGUCUAUCAGCUUGUGUUCAGUAGGCUUUGUGUAGUGUCGGUAGCCUCCUAUGUACAGUGUGUGAUAUGUCUCUAGAGCAGCUGUCAUGGUUCUGCCAUGUCUCUCUUUUUUCACUAACAUACUCAGAAAAAUAAAUUCUGCUGCACCAUUACUGAGGGUCUAUCCCAAUGCAAACCUGUAAAUUAUUUUGCUUUCAGAAUCAAACAGCGAUCAGUUACUUUAUCCUUUACCGUUCUGAAAUCGUUGAAAAUAGAAAACACAGAGAAUGUCCAGACUUGGUGGUGUGCUGUCGUACGUGCUAUUAAGUAAAGCACUGUUGCUUGCAUUUAGGUUUUUCUGACCAUAUUUAAGUCUGUUGAUUAGGUCUGUCCGUUCAAAGACCUGCACGUAAUUCUCAGAACAUAUCACUGUUACUUAAUGACAAAUGCAAAGUUCACUGGUGCUGGCAAUGCAUGGCUCACUUUGUUUGAACAGGUGGAUAAAGAGAUGCAUUCAGAAAAGCUUUCCUCUGUGCGUUACCUUUAAGGCAACUGUCCACCCUUGACAUCCAUAUUUGAAGUGGCUGGUGAAUUUUGAGCUAAUUUUCCAUUUAAAGUUCAUUUUGGUAGCGGCGUAGCUAUUUUACUGAUCAGAAUGUGACCAACUCACUGUUCUCCCACUGUGCUACCCUCACCUGACUUCACUAUGGAACGUAUUUUAAAGGACACAGUUGCAUUAAGGGUAAACUUUCAGUAAUCAGUGUUUUAUUGUGGUAGGCAGUGACUAGUC